UAUAUAUAUCUGUGGAGAAAAAAAAAGAUGUAAAUGUAUAAAUCCUCAGUUUCCAUUUCGUACUUACAUAAUUCAUAAACCUAAGCCACGAAAAACAACAACAACAACAACAACAACAACAACAAAAUCGCACUUACACUUACAAACUGGUCAAAAUUCCAAAUUUUUCAGGCUUAAAAUUGUUUUUGUUUCGAACACAACAAAAUGAAGAAACUCCCAUCCAAGCAAACAAAGAAUCUGAAAAGAAAAUUCCACGCGCCGGGUCAACGGCCACCUGGGUUAGAAAAUGAUAAUCAAACGGAUAUCCAAAUGAAAUUCAAACGAUCUUUGGGACCGCCGCGAUCAGAUAAAUGUCUGCUAUAUAGCACCGAUUGGGAGAAAUCGGCAUUGUUGUCGAAUUUUCGAAAACGAGGCUGGCUGCAAGUCCCAUCCUUUGAUGGCCAAUGGAAUUUUUAUUGGGCCUGCACGCAAAAUUGUCGUUAUAUCUUUGGUGUGGAUCAUCCGUAUCGCAUGCGAUCAGAUCAAAUAAUCAAUCACUUUCCCAACUCAGUGGAGUUAUCGCGCAAGGAUCUGUUGAUCAAGAAUAUAAAACGUUAUCGGAAAGAUCUAGAACGUAAGGGUGAUCCACUGGCCACCACAUAUGGGCCAAGUAUGAAAUUGGGCAUUGGUGGAACACGCUAUAUACAUUUGGAUAUCAUACCCAUGACAUUUGUCCUGCCGACCGAUUAUAAUUUGCUCGUCGAGGAAUUUCAUAAGAAUCCGGCAAGUACAUGGAUUGUCAAGCCGUGCAGUAAAUCUCAGGGUGUGGGCAUAUUUCUGGUUAAUAAAUUAUCCAAAUUGAAGAAAUAUGCCUACGAUGCCCGCACAUUUUAUCCGCACUUCAAUCGGGAUACUUGUGUGAUAUCGAAAUAUAUCGACAAUCCCUUACUAAUCGGUGGUAAAAAAUUCGAUUUACGUCUCUAUGUCCUGGUCACCACAUUCAAUCCACUGAAAGCCUAUCUAUAUAAUGAGGGAUUCUGUCGUUUCUGUACCGAGAAAUAUGAUCAAACGGAAAUCGAUAAUGUUUUUAUGCACUUGACCAAUGUCAGCAUACAAAAGACUAAUGAAGAGUACAAUACCAUCCAUGGCGGCAAAUGGCCUAUGCAGAAUCUUUGGCUCUAUUUGGACAGUAUGCGGGGUGAGGGCGUCUCGGAUGUUUUAUGGAAUCGCAUCUCGGACACCAUAAGGCAUUCUCUCAAUGCUGUUGCUCCUGUCAUGGCCAAUGAUCGUCAUUGCUUUGAGGUCUAUGGCUAUGACAUUAUAAUCGAUAAUAAUCUAAAGCCAUGGCUAGUUGAGAUCAAUACAUCGCCAUCAAUGCAUUCAACAACCACUAAUGAUCGGAUGCUGAAGGCUCGUCUCAUAGAUAAUGUCCUGCCUGUUGUUCUUCCACCUACGGGGAUACCUGAUGAUCAUUGGGAUAAAACACCACAUCCCGAUCUCUUGAAAAAUUUUACUCUUCUCUUACCCAUGGAUAAGGAGAAACCACAAUCGACAAAGCGCUCACCACAGCGCAAUAUUGUUGGCAAGAAGCGUCCAGUUGUCGUCAAACUCAAAAUCAAUAAAGAGGACGUGAAUGCAAUUUCAAAUUCGGAUUUACCCAGCACAUCUCAAAAGAGUCCAACAACUAUUGACAAAAUGAAAUGCCUGCCAAAAUGGGUUAGAUAUAAUUCACCCAUACCUAUGUUGCCACCGAUUCUCAACCUUCAGCGUCAAGUGGCUGGCUCCUCUACACCACCACCAGCACCACCAUCAGCCGAAUGCAGCCUAGCAAGCUCCAAGUCUUAUACUUCAAGGUUAUCUAAAUGAAAUGUGAUUAUAGAUUCACAACAUCAUACAUCUACAAUUCUUUGAAUAUUUCUACAUUUGGAGAAAAUAAACAAUGUCGAACCCCCAAA